UGGCGGUCACAGUUGCGUCCUGGAUUGUAGCAGAGAGAGAGAGCAGCCCUCCUGCAGCCUGAGAGCCCACCACCAUGGAUGUCAAACUGCUGGCGCUGAUGGCUCUGCUGGCCGUGGCCACACAUGUACCAGCCUCCAACGCGAAGCCCAUCAGUCUGGUGGAGCGGUGCUGGUGUCGGUCCACUCUCAACACGGUCCCUCAGCGCUCCAUCAAAGAGCUCAAGUUCCUCCACACACCCAACUGCCCCUUCCAAGUCAUUGCAAAGCUGAAGAACAACAGAGAAGUUUGCAUCAACCCGGAGACCAAGUGGCUGCAGCAGUACUUAAAGAACGCCAUUAACAAGGUGAAGAAGAACAGAAGACGCAAUAACAAGAAGAACUAAACACAAGGGAAGACGUGUCUGUUGUCAGGCCCUGGCGUCCCCAGGUCGAACCUGUAUACCUCCCUGUCACUGCUAUGGAUGUAUGUAAACACGCUGUAUGUACCCGUCCACCUCUCUGGACCGCUUGCAGAACCAGCACUUCACCGCCACACGGUGCCGCCCCCAGCACCGCCACCGAUCCCUCUGGACACCCACGCAGCCACCUCAGACUCUCCUUGUUAGCACCAAGUGCAGCUAUACCGAGACAUGACGGGACACAUGCUAAUGUCAGAUAAAUUUGUGUGUGAGGGAGUAUGUGUUUGAAUGUUCAACAUAUGAACUAACUCAGACUGUGUGUCUGAAUAUAGUAUUUUCUUACUUCACAAAGACAGACAGGAACAAGUGGGGCUUUUAUGGGUGAUGCCACUUUCAUGUCAUGUCAGAAAAAUAUUCACAUUUAUUCUCCUAGAAGGAAUUGUUAUUGGGAUUUUGUUUGCUGGUUAGGGUUGUAUGGUUAGGGUUGU